AGGUGACAUUGAUCGAGUGUCACUCCCUGUCGGUUCGGAGAGAAGUAUAAAGGAGGUCAGAUCAAAGGAGCACGCUUCCUACAGUCCGGUCCGCCUGCUGCCUAUUAGGUGGUACUUGCCGUACUCAACCGUUUGAGAACCGCGGUAGAAGUUCCUUCAUUCUCUCGGUGCUGCACAAUCUUGCUUGUUGCUCUCUGGCUGUUUCCUUGCGAUGCCUCGUCGCGCUGCCAGUUCUUCCGCCAACGACCCCUCCAACGCGCCCUCUUCCUCACCCGCCUCCGCCAAGGGUGGUAUUGCCAUUAAGGCGCCCGCCGUUAUACCUAACCGCCUAAGCCAGUUCUUUUCGACCUCUCCUAAGUCCAAGGCCGAACCUCAGACUGCGCAGGCCGCUGUCCAAUCGGCCAGUGGGAUUUUGAACUCUAGCACUGCCACCCCACCGAUCAGUUCGGCCUCUCUGUCGCUUCCUACGAUCUCUCUCUCCACUGCCACUGCAGGUAACCCAAACAUGGACGAACCGCCGACCACACUCUUUCAGCCGCCUUCGCCCGAAGAGGCUCGUCGCCUGGCUAAGCAACAUGCCCAGUUUGGCCCCAUCGGUCACCAUAGCCACCGGUAUACCAGUCGACACCCCGGCGGCCCAUUUCCGGAGCCUGUGAUGGACGAACCGCCGUAUUAUUAUCUCCUCACAACAUAUAUCAGUUACCUUAUCCUGAUCGCCUUUGGUCAUGUACGAGACUUCUUCGGGAAACGCUUCCGCGAGGAGAACUAUCGGCACUUGAAGCCUCAAAAUGGAUACGGCGCCCUGAACAGCGACUUCGAUAACUUUUACGUGCGUCGCCUCAAGUUGCGUAUUAACGACUGCUUUGAACGCCCUGUGACUGGAGUCCCUGGUCGUUACAUCACAUUGAUCGACCGGGCCACGGAUGAUCACAACAAGCACUUCUACCUCACCGGAACGACCACCGAUACCCUGAACUUGAGUUCGUAUAAUUACCUUGGGUUCGCUCAGUCUGAAGGUCCUUGCGCAGACAUCUCUGAGGAAACCAUCAGGAAGUAUGGCAUUACUUCCGCGAGUACUCGCGCCGAGGUUGGAUCGCAGGAUCUCCAUGUAGAGGUGGAAGAUUUGGUUGCCAAGUUUGUGGGUAAAGAAGCUUCGAUGGUUUUCUCUAUGGGCUUUGGUACCAACGCAAACAUCUUCCCGGCUUUGGUCAACAAGGGCUGUCUGAUUAUCUCCGAUGAACUGAACCAUGCCUCGAUUCGUUUCGGUGCGCGUCUCUCUGGGGCGUCUAUUGCCAUGUUUAAGCACAAUGACAUGCGGGACCUGGAGGCAAAACUCCGCGAAGCUAUCAGCCAAGGCCAGCCCCGUACUCACCGACCCUGGAAGAAGAUCCUGGUUGUCGUUGAAGGACUCUACUCCAUGGAGGGCUCCAUGUGCAACCUCCCCGGAUUGAUCAUGCUGAAGAGGCGCUACAAGUUCCACCUGUUCAUCGAUGAAGCCCAUUCUGUCGGUGCUGUGGGUCCUAGGGGGCGUGGUGUCUGUGACUACUUUGGAAUUGAUACGAACGAAGUCGACAUCCUCAUGGGAACGCUGACAAAAUCCUUCGGUGCCAAUGGUGGUUAUGUCGCCGCAGACAAGGAAAUGAUUGAUAAACUUCGAGCUACCAACUCCGGUGUCGUCUAUGGCGAGGCUCCCGCUCCCGCUGUUUUGGCGCAAAUUAUGUCGGCAUUGCGGAUCAUUAACGGCGAACUUGUUCCGGGCCAGGGCGAAGAGCGACUGCAGCGUUUGGCCUUCAACUCUCGGUACCUCCGCCUGGGGUUGAAGCGUCUUGGCUUUAUAGUGUACGGUCACGACGAUUCGCCGAUUAUCCCUGUUCUCCUCUUCAACCCUGCGAAGAUGCCGGCGUUUUCUCACGAGAUGCUGAAACGGAAGAUCUCCGUUGUCGUCGUGGGUUACCCUGCUACGCCGCUGGUGUCUUCCCGCGCCCGGUUCUGCGUCUCUGCCUCACACACCAAGGAGGAUCUUGACCGUAUUCUGACUGCUUGUGAUGAAAUUGGCAAUGUCUUGCAGCUCAAGUUUUCCACGGGCAUCGCGGGUGGUGCCUUGCCUACGAGUGAGGAUGCAACCCCCCCUCCGGAGAUGGAGAAGGAGUGGCGCCGCAAGCGAAACACCAAGAUCGUUCCUCCCAGGUGGCAGAUCGAGGAUGUUAUCAGACGAGGCGUUCAGGACGUCAAAUCACCUCUGUACUAGAUUGUCCGUCGCUUAUUGCCCUCACUGAGCCCUGUCUGAUGACGCCGUGACGAUGCUGUUGCAUAUAUGUUCGGAGUUCCUCAGCACAUUAACUGGACUCGUUUGUGCCGAUGCCAGUCAUGCCGCGUCGCUGGUCGAUUCGUGGCAUUCCACCCGCU